AUGGAGCAAUGGGUUCCGCUCUUCGACAUUUUCCUCAACUCCCCAACUCCAGAGAUCGAAGCUUCUCUAUGGCUUCACCGAUCUUUCAACGUUUCUUCCACCCUCCCAAUCUCCGCCGCCUCCUUCCUCUCUUUACUCACUCAACCUGUCGACUCCGUCGCUGGUGAAUCUGACUCCUCGCCUCCCCAGACCAAAAGCAGGGUCAUGUUCAUACAGACGCUACCCAGUAUGGUCCAGUCUAGAAUUUUAGCGUUUCUUUCUGUUGAGCAGGAGAGAUUUUGCAGUGUGGACUUGAAUAGAUUGUGCAGGCGUGUGUUGAGUGAGGGUUGUGGUGUUGAUUUCUGGGUCCAGAGCGCUGCCCGCGACCUGCUCGAUAAAUUGUCUGGCUCAGGUCGCCAAUGGGUUCCUGAUUUGGUUUUGGGUUCUGAUGAAUCAAGAGUGGAGAUAGAGUUUAAGUCACUGCCGGGUUGGCUCAAGGAUGCUGUGGCUGUGGCUACUGAUGAAGUAGUUCUUCCAUGGCUUCCUCUUUCCCAUGAUGAAUUGAAUUCAAGAGAUUUGAUUUCUAGUCGUGACACUGAACAGCAACAAACUUCACUCACUCAAGUUGGGGAGAAUGAACUGUAUAACUGGAAAGAUGUUGCUGAAGGGAUGGAUAUUGAUCAUUCAGAGAAUGAUGUUCUGGAUCCAGAGAUGCAAAACAUGGCAGCAAGGUUGAGAACUCGGCUCAUGAAUGUCGACUCUGGUUCCAAAACUGUUGAAUUGGCCGAAGAAAUCCGCGAACUUUGUGUAGAUAGUAAAGCUGAUUCUCUUGCAGUCUUGGGUUUGAUUGAACCUUGGAAAGUGGAUGAUGAAAGUGCAGCAGUUUUGGUUUCCCAUCUUCUUAGUGGAAGUGACGAGGAGCUUGCUUGGCCUAGCCACGUCAUAUCUUCGGUAAUCCUUCCCAAGCUGUUGGCUCUAGAAAGACCAGCUUCUCGUGUACUGAUCUCUUCAGUUAUGAAUUUCUGUAAGCUUCAUGAGCGAGCUGCUGAAUACGGACUACUGAUUCCACUCUUAAUGAGAAAGGAUGGCAUCAACAAUCCUAUAUGUGAAGUGAUCACAAGGAUUGUCAAGGAAUGCUUGCAUAGAGCUCAUGUAUCCGCGUUAUGCCAGAAGCUCUUCUGUGGAAAAGAAGGCGAGAGAAAACCUAUCUGCCAGCCUUGCCACCAGUGUCUUAUAUCUAGAGAAUUGGUGUGGACUGAAUCAUUGUUCAGUCUAAUACAGAACAUAAUGAGUCAUAACGUUCAGUUGACUCAGGACACUGUAGAUCAACUUGUUCACCAGGUUCAUAACUUGGCUCCGAGAUUCUCCAGGUCCCUGAAAUUUGGACACUUUCUGUUGUGUCUCACCAAGAAAUUUGGUUCAUUAUUGCAUUCUCAUAAGCCAUUAUUGACUGAAUCGGUAGCACAAACCAAUACCCUUGUGACAAAAUCUAUAUUGUCAAAGCUGGAAAGCUUGUAG